GAACAGCAGCUGCCGGCACCAUGGCAACGCCUCUCCCCCAGCGGCGCCACAGCGCAUCACGUGACGCAGAAAAGGGCGGGCUCGCUGGGCCGGAAGUUGAGCGCCGCCGCCUCGGCUCGGCUCCGCGCCCGCGACAUGGCUGGCGUCAAAGCUCUCGUGGGGCUGUCCUUCAGCGGAGCCAUCGGGUUGACAUUCCUCAUGCUGGGUUGCGCCCUGGAGUACUACGGUGUGUAUUGGCCUCUGUUUGUCUUAAUAUUUUACUUCAUCUGCCCCAUUCCUCACUUCAUUGCAAAAAGAGUGAGCGAUGACAGUGAUGCAGCUAGCAGUGCCUGCAGGGAACUGGCAUAUUUCUUUACAACUGGAAUUGUUGUUUCUGCGUUUGGAUUGCCUAUAAUCCUUGCACGAGUUGAAGCGAUCAAAUGGGGAGCCUGUGGUCUGGUGCUGGCUGGCAAUGCAGUCAUUUUCCUUACCAUUCUAGGCUUUUUUCUUGUGUUUGGUAGAGGAGAUGACUUUAGCUGGGAGCAGUGGUAGGACAUCGCUCUGGUGCUGUUGGUGGUGGGUACCUCAUGAAACAGCAGAUGGAGCAAGUACUUUUUCUUCUUUUGAAGCAGCUCCAUACACUAAUUCUCAAAGUGAACUUCAUGGAGGCUUUUACUUUAAACUGUUUGACAUUAAAAAUUGUAUUUAAAUCACGGAAAUCUUCCUUGACCUCUUUAAAAGUAAAUUUGCUUGAAUGAGGCUUUGGUAUCAAGAGCUUCACUCUUCCAUACAAAGCUGGUGCUUUGAUGGCCAGUGCUGGGCAUACUGCCAGUAUCUACCAGUAGCAAUUGCCUGUGGUUUCUCUGAAAUGGUUUCCCUCUCUGGAAGUGAAUGCUGUGUACCCAAAAGUGCCUUAAUUUCCAGAGCAUGCUGAUCUGGGGAAUGCAGCUACGUGGCACUAUCACUGUGUCAUAAUCAGCUGAGAAUCUGCUACUGCCUUUUAUAAAGCUUCCUUCUCAACUAAACAUGCUUGCUCUAACUCAGAUGCAGUGUAGCUUUUGUUACUUCUGUAAACACUGGGUUUUCUUUGCUAUGACUGCCAGGUUCUUGAGGUGAUGAAGUAUUAAAACAUGGACAUUAAAAUGUAUUCUACGUUUCUUUUUGAAGUGUCUAAUAAAACUGACUUUUGGAAUCAUCUAAUAAACACAUCCUAUACUCAAA